CUCUAUGAUAAGUGGCUACGUGCGACUUCUUUUCUGUUUUUCUAUUUUCUCUCUCCUCAAAAACCCCUUUUUGCAAACUCUACCCCUCCAUUCGCUUCGUUCUAUUUCUCUCCUCCAAUUUCAACCUUAAUUUUUAAAAAUAAAAAUAAAUAAAAGAAGUUUGAAGCUCGCAUUAAUCAAGCUCCAUUUCUUCUCCAAUUCAUUGUCUUAGAACUUUUUUUUUAUUUUUUUAAUUUUUAAUUUUGAUGUUUAAUGAAACGAUAUGCUCAUUUUUAUCUGAUUUGAUUUGAACAAUGUUUGGAAAUGUUGUAUAAUUUGAUAGUUUAGGUUUUGAGUUUGUUUAUUUGUAUGUUGAGCUGAGUUAGCUCGGCAACGAAGUCUGAGAGGAAUGGACUCGGAAAGUAGUAGUAGAAGUAGCAGCAGCAACAACACUGACAACAACAUUGAUCGUGAUGAUAGCAAGAAAAUUCCCAACGGCAACAUUGAUGAUAGUCCUUAUUAUCUUGCAAAAUUCAAACUCUAUGAAACUCGCACGAACUUUUAUAUGGUGGGAAGAGAUAAUAGUAAGAAGUUCUGGAGAGUUCUAAAGAUCGAUAGAUCAGCGCCUUGUGAUCUUCUUGUUUUCGAAGAUCCAACUGUAUAUACAUAUCAUGAGUGUUCUGCCUUACUGAGACGAAUAAAUGAAGGAAAUAUGCAUGCAGGUGGACUUAAAUUUGUUACUAUUUGUUAUGGGAUUGUGGGUUUCUUUAAAUUCUUGGGGCCAUACUAUGUGCUUCUUAUAACCGAAAGGAGGAAAGUAGGGAUGAUUUGCGGUCAUGCAAUAUAUGUUGUCUCAAAGAGCAAAAUGAUACCAAUCCCUCAUGCUCGUAUGCGAUCCAAUUCAAAUAAUUCUAAGAAUGAAAAAAGAUACAAGAAGCUCCUACGCACCGUGGACAUUACAAAGGACUUCUUUUUCAGCUACUCCUACCGUAUUAUGCAUAGUCUCCAAAAGAAUUUAUGUGAUGAGGAGAAUAAAUUAGCCCCUUAUGAAACAAUGUUUGUAUGGAAUGCAUUCUUAACUCGGGAAAUUCGAAGUCUUUUGGGAAAUACUCUUUGGACCGUGGCUUUGGUUCAUGGAUUCUUUAAACAGGUCAAAAUCUUAAGUUCUGAGCGCACAGUCAGUUUGACCCUUAUUGCAAGAAGAUCGCGUCACUAUGCUGGAACUAGGUACUUAAAACGGGGAAUUAAUGAAAAAGGUCGAGCUGCUAAUGAUGUUGAAACAGAGCAAAUCGUCUUUGAAGAGACCCCAAAUGCAAACUUAGUGGAAAUCAGUUCUGUUGUGCAAAUUAGGGGCUCCAUUCCCCUUCUUUGGUCUCAAGAGACGUCAAGAUUGAAUAUAAGACCUGACAUUAUAUUGUCAAAGGAUGACCUCCAAUAUGAAGCUACACGACGACAUUUUCAAAAUCUUGUAGAUAGAUAUGGUAAACCGAUAUUCAUACUAAAUCUGAUAAAGACAAAGGAGAGGAAGCCUCGUGAAUCUGUACUCCAUGCAGAGUUUGUUAAAGCUGUUGCUUCCAUCAAUGUGACUUUGGAUAAAGAAGAUCGCUUAAAAUUCUGGACAGUGGAUCUCACAAGAAUGUAUCGCAUUAAAGGUGACAAGGUGUUGUCGUUAUUAAGUAAAGUGGCUGAGACCGCGUUGGAUCAAACUGGAUUCUUAUAUUGCCAAGUCCCUCCAUCUGUAAAUUCAGAAUCUGCAUCAGGUAUUUCCCAUUCUACGAUAGAGCACGAUGAGGAUACAAGUGACACAAGAAAUUAUUCUUUGAAGCCUCCAAGGUACCAAAGUGGGGUUUUGCGAACCAAUUGCAUUGAUUGUUUGGACCGCACAAAUGUUGCCCAAUAUGCAUUUGGUUUGGUUGCCCUAGGUCAUCAGCUGCAUGCAGUUGGUGUCUACCCUACUCCAAAUAUUGAUCUUGAUGACACUUACGCUAAGAUGUUGAUGGGGCUUUAUGAGGCCAUGGGUGACACACUAGCCCUGCAGUAUGGAGGCUCAGCAGCACAUAAUAAGAUAUUCUCAGAUCGUAAAGGUCAUUGGAAAGCAGCAACACAGUCCCAAGAGUUUAUCAGGAGUCUACAGCGCUAUUUGAAUAAUGCGUACAUGGAUCCAGAAAAGCAAGAUGCCAUUAAUUUAUUUUUAGGUCAUUUUCAACCAGUAGUGGGUAAACCUGCAUUGUGGGAACUUGAUUCAGAUCAGCACUACAGUAUUGGGAGGCUUACCUCAUCCUUAUCAGAUGAUCUGGGCAGGUCCUUUUUGAAGAGGUCUUUGUCCGAUGGAGUUCUUAUGUACAAAUGUACUUCGCCGGCAACAGCAGCUGAUCUAAGCAAUAUUUGCCAUCCUUUACUGGACUUUAAAGAAGACAAGAGUGGUAUGUCAGACUCGACGCCUGAGAUGGAAGCAUGUGAAACCGAUAUAUCAUAUGCCAGGUUUUCCCCAUCAAUGACUGCACGCCAACUUUUCACAGAUAUGCCCGAGACAUAUCUAACUGGUGAAUGUAGUUGUAACAAUGAACAUGGAAAUGAGUUGAACUGUCAGGAUAUUAUUGAUCUAGACUGGAUUUCUUCAUCUGGAAACUCAUGUGAGGAAGACACAUAUGAUAGGUCUUCACUUGUAAACUCUCCAAAUGGUGGUUCCUUGUUUGGGAUCUCUGGAUAUGAUGGAUCAGAGGGGAAACAUCGACCUCCAACACCUGUAGUUGCAGAUUUUUCUGAUAGCUUUAUUCAGUGGGUUGAGUAUGGAGCAACCUUAGCUUAGUCAUCAGUCUUUAUGACCAAACCAACUCCGAAGAAGGAUGUUGGUUGUGCAAAUGAAUAACAAGCAAAAGACAACUUAAAAAGGAAGAGGUCUUGCCGUCUCGGCAUUCAUACUACAUCAAAAGUUCCAACAGAGAAAUGUACAUUGACCGCUAAUUCUACUAAUUAUUUUUCCUGGAGGUCUUAUCUCCUCUCCAAACUACGAUACAUAUCUGGUAUAAAUUUAAAAUGCUCUAAUCACUCAUUCUUGUAAAUUAUCUGAUUGACAUAAUUUUGCAUGCUGCAGCAGCUA